AUGGACAUUAGUGUCACCUCAGUGCCAGACUUCAUGGCAGAUGAUGGAGCCGGUGAAAAUGAGACUGUCGAACGUUCGGAACACGAGGUAGAAAUCCAUUCUGACUCUGACUUUGAUAUAGACCACGGCGCUGCAGAGGGCACAGAUGUCCGCGUUGUGGCGCGCCUCUGGGGAUGGAAUGCGCAAGCCACGUCAAUGACGGGGUCAGAGACUGUCAAGGUGUCGCCUAUGGGCGAAAGAAUCGCAAUUGCGCAAUGGGACAAGGUGCUCAUUUAUGCAUUGAACCCAGAAGCGCUUUGCGAGGAAGUCUGGGAUGACCGAAAUGGCAGCGAUGACAUGGACUGGGACAACGGAAGCCAUGCGAGCGGCAACGACGAACCUGGCCAUGAAGUUGACGUUGUAGAGGAUGAAGAGGGCAGUAUGGCCAGCAUAUUUGAGAACGUCGAAGCGGAUGAAGACGUGGGGGCAGAAGGCGAAGUAGGCGAAAUGGGUAAUGCGAGUGAAGUUCCCGCUGAGCCAACCUCAUUCCCCCCUACACAUCCCUCACCUCUACCAGCACCAGCCUCCAUCACUUCCGACAGAUCUACUUCAACGGACAAUUUGAGACACUAUUACCCUCACGUACAGGACGAGAACCUCGGCGGGUCAAUGGCCCUUCUUCGGCCCGUAGUGCUGAAAAUGGACGCCGGAGCUGUUGUGCGUAAGAUGUGCUGGGGGAUGGGACGCUGGAGGCAAGUCAAUGAGGACCGGGGCGGAAGCAAUGAUGAGGAAGAUGAAGUUGAGGAGCCUGAGCCAGGGGAGUAUGAAGAUAAUCCGACCGACGAAGUAGCGGGCCAAGCGAAGGAGAAGGACAGGCAGGCGGGUGGGAUGGAGAAUACGAGCAGCGAAAUUCCGCAUCCGCCAGCCUUACAGACCGCGGUUGGUGAGGGCAGAGAAGCCAGUAUUCGAUCGUCAGAGAACGUGGCGACGGGCAAUUCACAGGAGCAGCCUCGAGCAUCGUCGCCAGUGACGGCCGGCCUACAAGUUAAGAUGUCCGCAAGCGGAUCCGACAUGAAUCUCAACGAACAGACACCACGCAGCCCUGCUGAAGAAAUGGCAUCGGCGCCCUCCUCAGCCAUGAAACCCACAGGACAAACCCAGCACAUCCACCGUCCGUCAGAACGUGACGUUGACGUUGACCUCGACACGCCGAAUUUGACCAAGACCACCUUGGUCACCGAUCGAGACAUGGGACGACAAACCACUCCAAAGGGCGAAGCUACACCAGAGGAGUCGACCCUGGCGACAAUCCCAUCCCUGAGUCUGACCGCGGGAUCCCCAACCCCCGGCUCAAAGCCGCAAACGCAGCAACAACACUGCAAGCGCCAACGCGGCCGUAACCGCAAGCCACGCUACAGGAGCGCCGAGAACGAGCUCGUCGUCAUGACCGAUAGGGGCAUCCAGAUCUGGGAUCUCAGUGGGUGGGGACGAGGCGGUCGGGUCCGCGACGAGCUGAUUUCCAGGGACAUUUUGCAGUGA